CGCCGGGCGCCUGCGGGAGGGGUGGGGGUCCCGAUGAGGAGAGUUUUCCGGCCCCCCCCUUCCUCACUUCCGGGGCCGGUACUUUCGCUUUCUCUUCGGAAUGACCCGGGCCUUCCCGGAGCCCGGGCCUCGGGACGCCGCGGGGACCCCCGUGCACCCCGCCGCGUGGCGUCGGGCCGUCCCUCCGCUCCCCACCCCGCCUGUCCCGUCCCACGCAGGGCCCUGGCCUUUUCCCUAUGCCACCUGGGUCCCGGGUGGUGUGAUGCCGCCCGGCUGCUGCCCCGGAUUCCGGGGCACGGAGGGUGCUGGGCCCGCGCUGGGGACCGCGGGCCGGGGCUGAGUCACUCCCGGCCGCGCGCCCUCAGGUGACCCGGAGGUGGCCUUCUCCCGGAGCCGCAGCCCCCCGGGGGGAUGGGCGCAGCCAGCGCAGAUGGACGAGAAGACAAAGAAAGCGGAGGAGAUGGCCCUGAGCCUGGCCCGGGCAGUGGCCGGCGGAGAUGAGCAAGCAGCUGUGAAAUGUGCCAUCUGGCUAGCAGAGCAGCGGGUGCCCCUGCGGGUACAACUGAAGCCCGAGGUCUCCCUGACUCAGGACAUCAGGCUUAGCGUGAGCGUGGAAGACGCCCAGAUGCACACUGUGACAAUCUGGCUCACUGUACGGCCAGACAUGACCGUGGCCUCCCUCAAGGACAUGGUCUUCCUGGACUACGGCUUUCCACCCACCCUGCAGCAGUGGGUGAUUGGGCAACGGCUGGCACGAGACCAGGAGACCCUGCAUUCCCAUGGGGUGCGGCGGAACGGGGAUAGCGCCUACCUGUACCUGCUGUCGGCCUGCAACACCUCCCUCAACCCCCAGGAGCUGCAGCGGCAGCGGCAGCUCCGGAUGCUGGAAGAUCUGGGCUUCAAGGAUCUCACGCUGCAGCCCCGCGGUCCUCGGGAGCCUGGCCUUCCCAAGCCCGGAGCCCCUCAGGAAGCAGGACGGCCAGGGGCAGAGCCCCUGCCGGUGGGCUGGCAGUGCCCGGGGUGCACCUUCAUCAACAAGCCCACGAGACCCGGCUGCGAGAUGUGCUGCAGGGCACGGCCCGAGGCCUACCAGGUCCCCGCAUCCUACCAGCCGGACGACGAGGAGCGGGCGCGACUGGCUGGUGAGGAGGAAGCGCUGCGCCAGUACCAGCAGACCCUGACCCACCCCGCGGCCCCGCCCAUGUGCCCAGCGGAAGCAGCAGCAGCAGGAGGGGAACUACCAGCAGCACGUCCAGCUCGAGCAGCGGAGCCUGGUGCUGAACACCGAGCCCGCCGAGUGCCCGGUGUGCUACUCGGCGCUGGCGCCGGGCGAGGCCGUGGUGCUGCGGGAGUGUCUGCACACCUUCUGCAGCUCCUGUCCCCUGAGGACUACCAGCGCUUCCUGGACCUCAGCGUCUCCCUGGCAGAGACCCGCAGCGCCUUCAGCUACCACUGCAAGACCCCUGACUGCAGGGGCUGGUGUUUCUUUGAGGACGAUGUCAACGAGUUCACCUGCCCGGUGUGCUUCCAUGUCAACUGCCUGCUCUGCAAGGCCAUCCACGAGCGCAUGAACUGCAAGGAGUAUCAGGACGACCUGGCCCUUCGGGCUCAGAAUGACAUGGCUGCCCGGCAAACGACAGAGAUGCUGAGGGUGAUGCUGCAGCAGGGCGAGGCCAUGCACUGCCCGCAGUGCCAGAUUGUGGUGCAGAAAAAGGACGGCUGCGACUGGAUCCGCUGCACCGUGUGCCACACAGAGAUCUGCUGGGUCACCAAGGGCCCACGCUGGGGCCCCGGUGGCCCAGGGGACACCAGUGGGGGCUGCCGCUGUCGGGUCAAUGGGAUUCCUUGCCACCCCAGCUGUCAGAACUGCCACUGAACUAACUGAAGGAGGCGGGACCCCUCACCAUUCUGGCCUUACACCUGGAGGCAGUGGCUGGGCAGCCUGCGCCUGGAGCUCUGGCCCAGAUUUCUGGCCUGUGAGAGGCCUUUGUACUUGGCGAAGGCCUGAGCUGCAUGGAUGGCACGUUCGCAAGGUCUCGCGAGACCUAGCCUGAGUCAGCUGCUGUCCAUAGUGGCCUCUGCCCCAGUGUCUGUCCCUCUCCAGGGCUUGCUGGCUGGACCUCAGUGCUCUUGGCAACUCCCUCCUCUGCCCAUGCUAGCCUUACAAUAGCCUCUAGACAAAGGUCUCCCUGGCUGGAGCCUCUGUGAGCUUCCCUGCAACUCCAUUCUGCUCCCAUGCCACCCCCGCCCUGGACACAGAGCCCCCACCACCUCCCAUGCCUAUCCAUCUUUGGGGUAACUGCUCUGCUGUUUUUGGAGGCCUGGUGCCUCCUAGAGCUGCUGUGAACCUGUUCAGAGCCAGAGGGAGACCGGGCAGGGCUGAAGCGCCGUGCUUUGGGCCCGGCUCUGCGUCUCCCAUUCUGCCAUUCAGAGUGAAUUAAAAUGGUUUCCCAGGAA